AUGGCGAACGAAACUGCAGUGAAUGAUGAGAAUAAAGUUUUUAUGGAACAAUUAGGCUCUGCGAGUAGGAGAAACAGUGGUGAGGCUGUAGAGCAAGAGUGGGACCUUUGUCUACGAAUUUUGGGUGAGGCCCAGCGGAGAGCAAACGAGAUCCUUGGGAAGUCAAGGGUAUCAAAUCAAGCCAAAGCAGAGAUGGAUCAAGUAUGGACGAAAGUUCUGGAGGACAUAGGAGAAUUAAGGAGAAGUCAAGGGAAAAAGCUGAUGCACCCGCUACUGGAGAAAGAGAUUAUGGAGACCCUAUGUCGAAGGGGAAUUGAGAGCGCUGAUGAUUGGAGAGAGUAUAUCAAGACUAUGGAACAAGAUGGAGACGUUAUGACAGAAAUUUGUGAAUUACUAGACACUGAUGUGUCGCAGGUGAAGAGAGCGGUCAUGGCCCUCCUGGAACAGCGGAAGUCAAUAUUCUUCCAAGGUUCGGUGAGCCAACCAACGGUGCCGAACGAAGGAGGUGGGUCAAACAACCCGAUACCAGACGAUGCCUCGGAUGGGUCAGGAGUUUGCGACUGCAAACACGCCAACACUGGAAUAUCCAAGUGUGUCUAUGGCGUGCGCAGAGAUCCUGGAGUAUUCAAAGGUUUAAAACAUGAGAAUUUCGAAGAAUUUGUGAGGAGAUUUAAGAGAAAAUACGAGGUUAUUGGAUGCGAUGCCACCCUACUAGAGAUCCUUGGUGACGACCAUCUAGGUGGUCGAGCGAAGAACAUUUUCAUGGCCCUCCCAAGAGUAACCAAGGAACGAGGUUUGGACGUGGUCAUUGGGGAAAUGACCAGACUACUGUCGCAAGAGUCGACAGCAGGAAGGAUGAGAGCCCUCACUGAACUGAGGAGCUUGAGAAUGAGAUCUGGCCAAGAGGCCAACCCAGAUUGCACCAUUGAGGAUCGCUCGUUGGAAUACGCUCAGAUCCUGCUGGAUAAUCUCAGUGAUUGGCCGGAGCACUUCCAACUGGUAGGAGCUUUACACAGAGUGGACCCUCGUAAGGCAUAUGAGGAAGUGAAGCAACUGGCGCUGAGCAUAGAACAGUCUAAGGUCAUGUUCGGGGUAGGUAGGAGAUCAAGUGUUGACCAGUGGAGAAGGAGGGCCACACAAUAUCGAAACUGUCAAGAGAUAAGUAUAGCAAAGGAGGACACCUUCUCUCACAAGGGAGAGGAGUACAUGACAGGGAAAAUGGAUAGGGCAGAGGAAAUGUACGGGCGAGACAACUACCACGAAGAUUUAAAUUUUGGCAGCGAAGCCAAAGACAAAUGCAGCACAUCCCGCCUAGGUCUCCGCUAG